AUGGCACGAUCUGUUUCUAUACCAUUGAGAGACAGUCUUGAAGAUGCGGAGAAUCUGAAAAGAAUACGGCGAUUCUCAGUGGAAGUUUGGAAUGUUACACAAAACUGGACAGCUACGUCUUCACGCUCUUCUGUAGUCCUCGACCGUUUGGUCAACAAUAAAUUACGAAUAAUAUACGGAAAAUACGAUAGUGAGCAACAACUUUCCGGAGCAGAGGGUACAGAGACGGUACUUCUCGACCACGAUACAAAACUUCGUCUCACAGCUGAGAUCGUCCGAGAUGCGGAACAACUCUGUGAUUUAGUCAAGGAAUUGGGUCGAGUUGUGACCAAGUUGCAGACAGCGCAGACUCGUGUCGAGUCGUGGAUCAAGCUAUGGCAAAAUCCAGGCCCGACCACGAAUCAUAUUUUGCAGACGUUAACAGAAGUUAUACCUGAUUUGAUCAGAAUGUAUGAACGCGAACUAAAUGUCCGGCAAGCUUGUUUAGCAGAUAUCUCUGAGUAUGAACAUCGUGAUGUCUUCGCAGCCGCAGCGUUGAGUUUUAAAUAUGAGCCUUUCAUCGACGACAAUGUUCUUUCUAGAUUAUUUGCUUUGGAAAUUAUAGAGAUUUCGUUUGAUGCUCUGCCUGAAGGAGAUGAAGUUUUGGAAAUAUUACGUGCUGAAAAAGCUUCUUUACAUUUCUGGAUCGAUUUGGGACUGGAAUAUUAUCGUUGCGGGCGAGUAGAUGAUUUUGUGCGUUUAUUGGAAGUCUCUGGAAGCGAAGCUUCUUUGGAUUAUCCUGAAGUCGAAAAUGAUCAGAUGCGCGCUCUGGAUAUAUUAGCAGCUUAUUAUGUUAGACUGGGUCACAAAGAGCGGACCUCGAAAGAGCGAAAACGUGAUCUGUUCUCAAAGGCCACGCUCCUGUACACAACAGCAGAUCGAAUAAAAAUGUAUGAUAUGCCCCAUUUAACUGGACGGGCUUAUUUCUGUUUAGUCGAAGCACGUGCAAGUAAAGUGGACUCAGCAGAUCAACAAUUUAAUUUUGUUCUUAAACAGGAUCCUUAUGAUAUUCCAGCGAUGAUGGGUAAAGCAAUCAUAGCAUUUAGUAAACAAGACUAUAAGACAGCGCUAUAUUUCCUGAAAAGGGCUCUACGGCAAAAACCUAGCGGACCCGCUGAUAUGAGGGUUGGUAUUGGUUACUGUUUAGCGAGGUUAGGAAUAACAGACAAGGCAAGAGUAGCUUUUGAACGAGCGCUUGAGCUGCAGAGUGACAACGUCUGUGCUUUGUCGGCCCUUGCCAUUCUCGACUACAAUACGCACACCGUCGAAGGCGCUCAAAGUGCUGUUCUAUGCCUCGGUCAAGCGUACAGUUUGGAGCCGGAGAACCCUGUUGUGCUUGUUCACCUUGCAAAUCAUUUUUUCUUCAAAGGGGAAAUGGCGAAAGUGGAGCGGCUUGCAUGGCAUGCAAUGAACAUGACUGAAAGCGAUGAAAUCAAGGCCGAAGCUUGCUAUAUUCUUGCACGUUACUUCCAUUAUAGCCGCGACUAUGAGAAAGCGUUCAAGUACUACUACCAAGCUACAACGCUGAACCACCCUACUUUUGUACUGCCCCAGUAUGGCCUUGGUCAGCUCUACAUAAUGCGAGGCGAGUUCAAUCAGCUUUAUAUGCUCAUACAGAUCCCGGAAAUCAGCUGCUGUUCCCCUCUUUAUUAUACUGUUCAUCAGGAACGGCAAGAAAAGGCUCGUGAGAUGUUGACAAAAGUCUUGGAGGCCAUGCCCAAUGAUGUAGAAGUUUUGAUUGAUCUGGCUCAGCUCUUAGAAGGGGUCGAUCCGCAGAAGUCCCUUACUCUCUAUGAAACCGCUUGUGAGUUGAUCAAACCAUGUGAAGAUGGCCAAAUGGAUGCCCCAGCAGCAAUUUUAAAUAACAUCGGUGCUUUACAUAUGACCAUGGAAAAUUAUGAGCGAGCGAAGGAGUACUUUGAAGCUGCAGAAGCUAAGCUUCAGGAAGAUCUUGAGGGAGACCUUUGCGAUUCCAAGUUAUCGUCAUACGUUAUUACUAUGCGAUACAACCUGGCUCGUUGCUUGGAACAUCUCUGUCUGUUUGAGGAUGCGGAAGUGUUGUACAAAGCCAUUCUCAGAGAGCAAGAAAACUACACGGACUGUUAUUUACGACUCGGCUGCCUGGCUCGCGAUCGUGGACAGAUUUAUGAGUCGUCGGUGUGGUUCAAAGAGGCUAUGUCUGUGGAUCAGAACAACGCAGACUCAUGGGUUCUCAUCGGAAAUUUGCAUAUGUCGAAACAUGAGUGGGGUCCCGGACAGAAGAAGUUUGAGCAGGUUCUGAAUAAGAUGGACAAAGAGGAUGCAUAUUCAUGGGUGUCGCUUGGAAAUGUUUGGAUGGAGAUGCUCUUCAAUCUCGGUCGUAAGAAGAUCGAUGAUCUUCCAGCUCAAGAGGCAAAAUAUAUGGACCGUGCACUGCAAAUGUUUGGAAAAGCUUUAAAGAUUGAACCCAAAAAUAUCUGGGCAGCUAACGGAAUUGGCUGCGUACUAGCUUCAAAAGCGAUGUGGCAAGAUGCACGAGAUAUAUUUGCGCAAGUUCGUGAAGCUACCUCCGAAUUUGAAGACGUCUGGAUGAAUAUCGCUCAUGUCUACAUUGAACUCGGGCAGUACGUUCCAGCAUUACAAAUGUAUUCUAAUGCAAUUAAAAAAUUCGACAAGGAGCAGGAUCAUCAGUAUUCUAAUGCAAUUAAAAAAUUCGACAAGGAGCAGGAUCAUCAGUGUUUGCUUUAUCUGGCUAGAGCAUUCUACAAAGCGGGAAAAUUGACAGAAAGUCUACAAACGCUAGAGAAAGCCAUGUUCGAAUCUCCUGACAAUGUGCUGAUUAAAUUCAAUUACGCUUUCGUACUCAAACUUAUGGCUACAGAGGUACUGCAGGAAGUAAAAUCUACUGCAGCACAAGUGAGAGGCGCAAUGGAUGACUUGAAAACCGCUGAGAGGUGCGAAUUCUCGUAUAUUUCUAGUGAUUAUUGCGAUGGUUGUGACUUCCACGGUCUUUUCAUAAAAGUGUUCUCCUACAUAUCCAACAAUCGAGAUGAAACCUUGUCGGGAUCGCGAUACGUCUCACGUACACACGCCGGUGAAGAAGCGAGAGCAUGUGAUGAUUUACUGAAGCAAGCACAAACGUACUUGGUUCGUGCACAGCAACGAGACGAAGAAGAUGAACGGCAAAGGCAGAAGCAGCUUGCGGAGAGAGAGGCACUUCGACAAAAGCUGGCGCAGGAGAUUGAGGAGCGCGAAAAGGAGCUACGAGAAAAACAAGCUUCAAUGGCGAGUAUGAGAAAUGAAUAUGUGCAAAUGACGAAAAAUCUUUUACGGAUACCAGAAUUGGUUGAAGAAAAGAAGGGUGGAAGGGGAGGCGGUGGAGGCCGAAGGCGAAAAGGUGAAGUCGGAGAUGAAUUUGUUAACGACAGCUCGGACAUGGGCAGCUGGCAUGGCGAAGAAGGAGGAGGUGAUGGCGAGAGGCGAAGAAAAGACAAGUCAUCCAAAAAAGCGGCAAGAAAGCGGAGAGAAAAGCGAGCUGCCGAGGCUAACAGUGGAUCCGAAGGGGAAGAAUCAGCUCAAGAGCGACGUAGACGAAAAAGAGAAGCUGCAGAACGGAAAUCAGCGGCUAAGUUGUCACAGAAACAGUCGGCAAAGAUCAAAAGCAAAGCUUUCCUCUCGUCUGAAGAGGAUUCAUCUGAUGGCGCACCUGUUCGUGUACCAGAAGACGUGGGUGAUGAGAGUCCAAGACCGCCGAGAAUCACUGAUUCAGAUGAUAGCGAUGACAGUGGUCGUCACCGACGGAAAAAGGUCCUCGUAACUAAAUCAAAUGACGGGCUUGCGCUAUUUUUAAUUAAGGGGUACAGAGGAAUCCCCUCGAAGUUCGCUCACGAGACUGUCAUGGAUUCUGAUGAUGAGCAGUCAGAUAGCGGAUCAGGGGGAGGACCGUUGAUUGGUGCAGGAUCAGACAGCGACGAUGCACCGGCGCCUCAAAGAUCACCUGCCGAUAGCGAUGCAGGCAGUGGCGGCAGUGAUUCAGCUCCUCGCAAAAAGAAGAAACAAAUACAAAGUAGUGAUGAAAGUGAUUGA